AUCAGAACCAUAUCAGAUCUACAACCAUGGACGUAUUCUACGCCUACACUUACUCAACAGCGGGCUGGCUCUCCCUCCAGAGCGUCGCUCUAAUCGCCGUGCCCGAAAUGAUGACCACAAUGCUGGAACAAGAAAGCAGACAGCCAUCCUCAAUUGAAACCUACCUCUCUCGCUGCCUGGGCAUGAGCCUCCUCACAAUCGCCAUCCUAACCGUCAUGCUGACCGGCUCCAUCCCCCUCACGGCGUCCAUCACCGAUCCCGUCACAACCGAUGACUCUGAUCCCAAGGCGCCCUACGCGGUGCCGACGAUGCAAGUGACCACCAUCUUCCACUUUAUUUCGGCCGGGUAUGCGUACGCCUGGUUCGCGGAUAAGGGCCAAUUGGCGUUUGGGGUCGGGAUGGUGGUGUCCGGGGCGCUUGCUUCGUUGGGAAUCUGGUGUGCGCUUUUUGCCAGCAGUAAUGGGAAGAUUAGUCGGAAGACCGGGGCGGAUAAGAGGACCACGGGGUUUCCCUUCAAGAAUAGGGAGGCGGAGAAGAAGCAUGGGAAGGGGUUGUAAGGGUUUUUGAUGUGGGUUGAUUGGUUACGGAUGGUGUUAUUUAGGUGGUGUUGAUGGUGAUUUAGAUGGUUGGAGAUGCGGUUAGAGAUGGGGAGAUGUUUACUGUACUUAUUAACUGCAUAGUGCUAACAUUGCACCAAAUGAAUAAAACGAACAAAGAUUGGUGUGAUUGAUUGA